CGAGUUCUCCUGAAACGUGGUGGCGCUCGAGCGUUUGGUCCUCGACUGAGUUUGGAUGAUUUCGAAUCGUAUUUGUAUCCAGCGAAACGUUUCGGUUCCCUAUCACCCUACUAUUUCUAUCAACAACCCAAACGUGGCGGAGGACGAUCCUUCAACUCAUAUUGGGAACCACCAAGCGGUUAUCCAAGUUAUUUCUCGUUCGGUUUAUUCCUAUUGCUUCGGCUCUUCGCUCGAGAUUGA